AUGUCAGCAAAAAGAGGGAAGGCAGUAGUUCGGAAGGCAGCCAAGGGCUACAACCUUCCUCCUCCUCUUCCAUCCACCCAAAUCUUAUGUGACUCCACCAAGACCAGGUGGCGCCUGGGGAAGAGUAUUGGUACUGGAGGAUUUGGAGAGAUUUAUCUUGCUUCAUUUGAUGUCAAUAAGCCAGUGGGCUCUGAUGCUCCCUUUGUGGUCAAGAUUGAACCUCAUGGGAAUGGGCCACUCUUCACUGAAAUCCACUGCUACAGGCGCAUUCUGCUUCUGGACAAGAUAGAAGAUUGGAAAAAGACUAGGAAGCUCAAAUUUCUUGGUGUUCCUCACAUUGUGGGAUCUGGAUCACACGAAUACAAGGGUGUGAUGUAUCGCUUCAUGGUGAUGCAACGCUAUGGGCAGGAUGUCCAUAAGAUGUUUGAAAUGUGUGGUCAUAGGUUUCCUUUGAAGACUGUGUUUAAUCUUGGAAUCAAAGUAUUGGAUAUCCUUGAGUACAUUCAUGCCAACAAUUAUGUGCACUAUGAUGUCAAGGGGCUGAAUCUUCUUCUUGGCUUUGGAAAUGGUCAUGAGAAUGAGGUCUACCUUGUAGACUAUGGGCUGGCAAUGCGCUACAAGGAGGAGGGACGUCUGUUAAAGGACGACCGUCCUGACAAACGCUAUGCUCACAAUGGUACCAUUGAAUAUGUUUCACGUGAUGCCCAUCUUGGUGUCUUCUCUCCACGUGGAGACUUGGAGACCCUUGGUUACAACAUCUUAAGAUGGGCAUCAGGGAUUCUGCCAUGGGAGGAAAACCUGACAGAUGUUGAGUAUGUUCAAACUCAAAAGACUGGCUUCAUGGCCAACAUCCCUUCCUUGAUGAAGGCCUGCUUCCCUCAAGGUUCUCCACCUAAUGCAAUAGCAAAAUAUCUUGAAUAUGUAUGCAGCCUCAGUUUUCACACCACACCUGAUUAUGAGCACUGUCGGAAGAUCCUUCGUCAGGGCUUGAAAGUCAUGGGAGCCAAGGAUGAUGGCAUUCUGGAAUGGAAACCAGCUGAGACUCGAAAGGCAACUAGGAGACCCAGCUCUGGUACUGGGAGUGAUGAGGAAAAUCUAGAAGUGAAGGCCAAGAGGCGGCGUAAGAACAUUGGGAAUCCCCUUCAAAGUGUUCGCAAUGUGAGAAGUGCAAGUUCGGGUGAAUCCAGCAGUUCCACUGAGGAGCAAGAUGACUCUCUUCCAACACAUAGUAAGGAGAAGAGCAAGAAGCAUGUAGCUAAGGAUAACAGGAUUCAUCAUGAUGGCUUGAACUUGAACUCCCUGAAAGGAGAGAUCUUGACACCUGCAAUGGAAGCCAUUCUCAAUUCUCGACAGAAGAAGGCAUCGAAAGGAAAGAAAGCUGGAAGUGUUUUUCUGGAUGCUCCACCUGUUGCAGAUCCUGAUUAUGGAACAAUUCUCACCCCAGCAAUGGAAUUGGUGAAGGAGAAACGUUUGGAACGUCUUUCUAGUGGUUCGGAGCAAUCUUUUCCUGAAGAGGACCGCAAGAAACUACGCCAGGGAACCCAUGCCAAGAGGCAGAAGAAAGUGGGGUCAGCUUGUGCCAGUGCAUCCACACAGAUGUCUCCUCCUGAACCCCCCAAGCCGAAUACCCGAAGCCGGAAAAGAGUCUCCAGCCCUGAUUUGUUUGAAUAA